CUCCGAGCACCACCGCACUCUCACGACUUUGGCCAUCUCACCCAUUUUCUGCCCCUCUUCAUAUCAGCAUUUUAUUCGAAUUACACCCCUAUUUCUCGAGUCCACUAAUGAACGAAAAGAGCCAGUAUGCCACCGGCAAAACGAGACGAGCGUGGCUCUUGUUAGUCCUCGCCGGGGUGCUCUCCUUCGUUGGCUACCAGUUUCAGGGAGGUACUGCUUUAAUGGCUCUCCAUCUUCAGAACGCAAUUGCGCGCGUACGUGGCGACGCGCGAGUCACGAUCGAGUACCUCGACUUUGACGAACAACAACUCCUCUCCCUUGGCUUGACUCCGCGCGCGCCGGUCAAGAUCACCGCGAUCAACUCGGGGAAUUCCCAGACGAUCCACGGGCGCUUCCUCCACAUCACAGACAUGCAUCCGGACUUGGACUACGAGCCUGGCACCACAUUCGACGAGCUCUGUCAUCGCGGAAAGGGCCCCGCCAGCAAGUACGGCGAUGCAGUCAGUGGGUGCGACGCGCCUAUGGUUCUUGUUGAAGACACCAUCAAGUGGAUCAAGGAGAAUCUCGCGGACAAGAUCGACUUUGUCGUCUGGACCGGGGACAAUGUGCGGCACGACAAUGACCGGCGCCUUCCGCGGUCGGAACAGAUCAUUUUCGAGCUCAAUGAGAAGCUCGGGGAGCUUAUGUAUGACACAUUCCACAAGGGGGACAAUCCGGAUCCGCAUGCGAUGCGCGUAAUGGUGGUGCCAAGCUUGGGUAACAACGAUGUGUACCCUCACAAUUUAUUCGCACAGGGGCCAACGCUCCAGACACGAGAGAUGUGGCGCAUCUGGCGCAACUUCGUGCCGCCUGAGCAGAUGCACACGUUUGUGCGCGGGGCAUACUUCUUUUCCGAGGUGGUGCCCGACCGCUUGGCGGUGUUAUCGCUCAACACGUUGUAUUGGUUCGAGCUGAACCCGCUCGUGGAUAACUGUGACUCGCGCAAACAGCCGGGAUACGACCUCUUCCGUUGGUUGGGCGCGACGUUGGCCGAGAUGCGUGCGCGUGGCAUGAAGGUGUGGCUCCUGGGCCACGUGCCGCCGCUUCCCAAGAACUAUGACCCCACGUGCUUCCGUAAGUACGUUGCGUGGAUCCACGAGUAUCGCGACGUGAUUAUCGGCGGCGUUUACGGUCACAUGAACAUAGACCACUUUGUGCCGUUGGACGCGGUGAAGGCGUACAAGUCGAUCAACGAAACGUACGGGGAGUAUGGAUUUGCAUACGACUUUGAAGAGGCCUUUGGCGACCAUCUUGAGGAUGUGUACGACCCUGAGGUCAACCUUGAGAGCCUAUACGGCCAUUCCAGGUUUGCUCCAGAAUGGGAAGACGAGUUUCACGCGUUAGGCGGCAUUCCUCGCGGUAAGGUUGACUACAUUGAGAGCGUGCGCGACCAGUUCUAUGCGACGUUGAAGGGCAAGAGUCGCUCGCUUGCGCACAGCCACCGGUACUCGAUCAUGCAUGUCACGGCCAGUGUGAUUCCGACGUUCAACCCGGGCCUCCGUGUAUGGGAGUACAACACCACCGGGUUGGGUGAGGAAAAGAAGGGCGGCCUUUUCACAGAGUCGUUAUUCACGAAAAAGCGCACAUGGGCCGCUUUUUUUGCGGAAUUGGACGCGGAAAUUGCGCGUGAAAAGGCGCAAGGCACCGAAGAUGUCGCCUCAUACGAACAGAAGGUUGCGCUGUUUGCCGCCGACAAGACUUUCCCCAAAAAGUCGCCACCGGACAUGCCUCUUGGGCCCGCCUACGUGCCCCAAACCUUUUCCCCGGUGAGGUACGUGCAGUACUAUGCAGAUUUGGCCGCCAUUUCCAAGGGCAAGAAGCCGUUUGGAUACGAGUUGGAGUACGCUACUGACGAUAAGGUUUAUAAUAUGGACAGUUUGUUGGUGGAUGACUGGAUCAAGCUAGCCAAGGACCUUGCUGAUUCAAAUAGAGAGGGAAAAAAAAAGAAGGGCAAGAAGGGAAAGGGCAAAAAGGGAAAGGGCAAAAAGGGAAGGGGCAAGAAGGACAAGCGAGAGGAAGAAGAAUCCGAUAAUGAGCAUAUAGAGGGUCUUGCCAGAGAUAAGCGGUUGGCGAAGCUUUGGAAGACGUAUUUAGAGAACUCCUUUGUGAGUUCUGGAUACGAAGACAUGGGUAUUUAGACUGUGCAUAUAAGAUAUAAAAAUAGAUAAAAUUAAGUUGGUAUGAGACUACGGAAUGGUGUUUGAAGAGGAAGGGAGCUGUCCCGGAUCGCUCACGGUGAAUAUCGGCUUCUUCGUUUACCAGCACUAAGAGUUUCUACCACUAUGCUAUAAUUAGCCCCCAAAAGCGC